UGAUGCAAAAGUCUUGUCUGGUUUUAGACAACAAUCCACACCGACUGCUUACCUAGCAAUUCCACCUGAUAGCGAAGAAUACAAAAUGGACCAUCCUGAGAGGGGAAAGUGUCUAAUAUUCAACAUUAACGAAUUUGAUCCGCACACAGGUCUGGAUGACACGACGUGGUCAGAUCAGGACAGUGACCAACUACACUAUUGUUUUAGUGAACUGGGAUUUGAGGUAAUAUUGUACAAAAACGUGACUUCGAAAGAACUAAUAAGACAUUUGGAAAAAGUGGCCGUUGAAAAUCAUUCCAACAGAGAUAGUUUUGUUUGUUGUAUCUUAACUCGUGGAGAAAAAGGUUUCUUGUAUGGUCGAGAUGGUAAGAUAUGCAUUGAAAAUGUGUUUUCUCCAUUUAGUGGGGAUAAAUCUCCCACUUUAGCAAGUAAACCAAAAAUAUUUUUUAUACAGGCUUGCCAAAAGUAUGAAGCUGAUAAAAGUAAAGAUGAGGUAGAUGCUGUUUCAAAAGUUUACACCAUACCAACACAAGCUGAUUUCCUCAUCUGCGAUGCCACUUUACCUGGGCUAUAUUCUCUAACAAAUAUCAGCAAAGGUUCAUUGUUUGUGCAGGCGCUGUGUACAAUGUUGGAGAAACAUUCCAACGACAUGGAUUUACAGAGUAUAAUGACGGCAGUGAACCGAAAAUUAACUUAUAUGAAAGUACCUUUAACGCCAGUCGAUCUAUGUAAGGGUAAUGUACAAGAGACACUGUGCAUGACUUCCAUGAUCACAAGGAAAAUCUAUUUUCGUACAAAUCUUUAGUUCUCUCCAUACAACUGCUCAAUUUUUUUUCUUUGGUUAAGGUUUGUCGAAACUGUAAUCAUGAGAAUUCUAAAUUAUCUCAGUUCCAUUCGGUAUGAAAUUUAACUGCGUCACAGCCAACAAUGUGGUCAAUAAUCUUUAAUUAUUUUGAAAAUGACGAAUAAGUGUGUUUCAGAAGGACUUUGAUUAUGCAUUAAAU